AUGCCUAGUAGCACCCCUGUUAUCCACCAGAUCACUGUUGGUGGGAACUCGAGCCUGACUUUCGAUCCCAGUAAUAUUGCCGCUCAGCCCAACGACAUCGUGCAAUUCACCUUUGUUUCCAAGAAUCACACAAUAACGCAGUCAACGUUUGCGAACCCUUGCGUUGCUGGACUCAAGGAUGGAUCUCCCGGAUUUAACUCCGGCUUCAUGCCUGUUGCUGCUAACAGCUCUAAUUUCCCCACGUUUAACGUGACCGUGAACAAUACAUCACCAAUUUGGGGGUUCUGCGCCCAAACAGGUCAUUGUGGCAAGGGGAUGGUUUUCGCCAUUAACGCUCCUGAGAACGGCACGAACACCUUUGAUGCUUUUCGGGCCGCCGCUGUCAACGGGACGACAACGACAACGUCCAGUGAACCAUCCAAGCCCACUACUAUAUCCACCUCGUCACCAUCAUCAAGUCCCAGACCAAGCGGGGGUGCGUCUUCCCGGUACAACAUCGUGAGCGGCGGCGCUGGAUUUGUUGCAAUGGUUUUCGGUGCAUUCCUCUUAUGA